CCUUUAGAGAUCAGAUUACGUGGACCACUGGCUGUGGAAGCUUACAACAAGGCCCUCAUUGACGGGAAGGCAUAUGUCAAGAGGCUUCCAAUCAUGUUAAUUGGACAAGACAACUCUGGAAAGACCAGCCUUAAAAGGUCACUAACGGGAAAACCCUUCAAUCCUGAUGAAGACAGCACAGUGGGGAUAGAUGUUGAUCCCUCACAUAUCAAGGUUUCAACUGAGAUUUGGAAAGCAAGAAAAAACGGGGAUGGUACGCAACUGGCAGGAGGUGUAGAGGCCAUCUCUUUUGAGCAACACGCAGCUCGUUUGGUUGCGGACGAUUUAAAGCGAGAAAAGAGUGUUUUAGCAGUAAAAAAGAUGAAUAUCGCAAUUUCUGGGUCUUCAGAAGUGUGCAUCUCAAAUAACUCAAGUCAAUUGUUUUCACCAUCUGAUGAAGUAUUAGGAGAUCCACAAGUCAUUCCUGAAGUCCCCUCAGAUCCUUAUCCGAGGAGGGAAGAACAACCUCCUGUCGAGUCGCCCAGGAUACCAAAUGAUGUAGCAAAGUUGAUUAAAAAGUUAAUAAAUGAGUCCGAGAACGUGCAAGAUGAUGACGACAUAUAUGCUAUUUUGUGGGAUUUUGGCGGACAAAGUGUCUAUUAUGCAACACAUCCACUUUUCAUCACUGCACGAGCAAUAUACCUGUUGGUUUAUGACCUCAGCAGGGAUCCAUAUAAAACAGCUAAACCUCUUGUGAAGCAAGGAGUGUAUAAGAAAAAUUUAGACAGUCAUGGGACGAAAACCAAUAUGGACUAUCUUGACUUUUGGAUGACAUCCGUGGCCUCCCUGGGCAGUGAAACUGAAGACCAACACGUAAGGUUGGGCCAUAUACAAGUGAAGGUUCCUCCUGUGUUCCUAGUCUGCACUCAUGCUGAUGAACCUCACAAAGGGACAGAUCCGUCUGCGCUCGCUCGUGAGGUAUUUGGCAGUCUACAAACCAAACGUUUCAAGAACCAGUUAUAUGAAGAUGUGUUUGUGGUAGAUAACACAAAGUCUACAGGACCUGGAUCCGAGUGUUCAGAAGUUACACGGUUGCGGGAAAAAGUUCUUGCUAUUGCUAAGGAGCUACCUCAAAUGAAAGAAGCCAUCCCGAUCAAAUGGUUGAAAUAUGAGAGGGCUCUUCAAGGCACUGCACGAAAGGGGUAUAAAUGGAUUUCGCUCUCAAUGGCAAAACAAAUUGCGUCUGAAGUGUGCAAUAUUGACAAUGAUCAACAAUUUCUCAUAUUGCUGAACUUUUUACAUGACCAAAGAAUUUUGGUUCACUUUGAUGACACCCCCAUGUUAAAUAGUUUGGUUGUCCUGGACCCUCAGUGGCUAGUUGAUGUCUUUAAAAUGGUGAUAACUGUUAAGCCGUAUGACCAAGAGGAAAGUGAAUUUAAAGAAUUGUGGCUUUAUCUCGAGUCUAAAGGUAUUCUAGACGAAAAACUUUUGGAGCAUGUGUGGGGUCCUUUAUUAAGCCAUCAAGAAACCUCCGCCAGCCUUCUUGCAAUCUUGGAGAAGUUCAGUCUACUUUGUCCUUGGCCUUCGUCAGAUCCUUCAAGUGGCAAACAGUACCUUGUCCCAUCCAUGUUGAUGUCGCAUCCACCAAAGGAUAUCAUCAAGUUGGUCGCUUCUGCUCAAAUUCCUUCUCUGUUCUUCAGGUUUCAAUCUGGGCUUGUUCCUCCUGGCUUUUUCCCCCGACUCGUGCUGCAGUUCUUUCAGUGGGGUCAAGACGAGUUUUGGAGCGCAGGGAAUCCUCAGUUGUGCUGAUUUUGCGCGAUUCUAUAUAUCUGAAGAUGACGACUGCUCUGUAAUCCUUCUAUGCCAUUCAUCGUGUGUUGAAGUUGUGGUUCACAGAGGAAAUCUCUGUGCCAGCCCGACAGAAUAUUUACAAUCCAAGCUGAAUCUUUCUGCAGACACCAACUAUGGUGCAUUUGAAGUGGCCUGUGCUCGUGCUGUGCGCAGACAGCUGGCGCUGAUGCUUGAGUGCAUGCGAAAAGAAUUCUGUUGGCUGAAGAAAAUGAAGUAUGAAGUAAGCGUGAUCUGCCCCGUCUGUUGCCAAGGACGUAAAGUUAACUACUGCAGCACUCAUCUAAAGCAAUAUUGUGAACAAGAGGAAUGUCUGCAUUUUUGGUCUGAGCCUGAUUUACGCAGUGCCAAACAGUUCAUCAGGUGUCGUAGGUAUGCAGCUGCUCAAAGUGACAAAGUGAACGUAAAAAUGUUUGCGCCGUGGAUU